AUUACAGUGGAGGCGCACCUGCGAAAUAAUAUAGUCAGGAAGUGGUCAUUUCGUACUAAAGAGAAUUAUUGAAGAAAAGACAGGGAUGGACCGAGAUCCAGAAAACAAAGCAUUGAUGUCUCUCCGACUAGCUCGAGUAAUGGACGACAUUGGCGUAAACCGUUUGGUAGUGAAGAGAAGGCGGGAAACCUACCUGCAGAGAGAGAAUAUUGAGACUAUGGUGGACCAUCUAAAGGGUUUUAAGACGACGAAUUUCCAUUUCGGCAGCCAGUCAGAAGGAUCUACAACUUUAGGCAUGCGUUCAGAUAUUGAUCAACUCAAAUGUACGGAAAACAUCAACAUCAUAUUAAACUUGACGGACUGGGAGUACGGGGUAGAGACUUACCUGAUGGUUAAGGAGGGGAACACUCCACCACAACACUACUGGUUACAGUAUGUCAGGGAAGAUUCUCCAGAACCAAAUGGAUAUUAUGGACAGGAAGAUGGCGUACCGUAUGAGGAUGGACGUGUGUUUUUGAGCAAUCGGUUAGAAAAAAAAGACUGGGUAAGGUUUCUUGGAAACAGAUGUGUAAUUAGUGGACCUUCGGUUAGUUAUUCUGAGGAAUGGGAUUAUGUUUUCGCAUUGAAGUGUAAACAGUUGCCACCGGAAGUAGAAUGGUGGUUACAACGUCCAAGAAGUAGUCAUUGGCCCACAAGGGAAAUGAUGCAGGAUGCACGGGAAUGCUCUUGUUUUCUUGUUCCUGAUGGACAUUUCCAGAGUCUGAAUGAAGGGAUUGAAUGGCGAAUAUCUCCAAACCAGAUCGAAAGGAUUCUUGUAUUUAGCUUCACCACAGUGCAGUUAAAAUGCUACGUGGUCUUCAAGAUGCUUAAGAAAUAUUUAAACGAACACUAUUUAGGCCACCAUGGCAAAUUAACAUCGUUCCAUUGCAAGACCAUCAUGUUCUUUACAAUCGAAAGAAUAUCUCCAGCGGAGUGGAAAGAAGAUCGGCUCAUAAAAUGCAUCAGUUAUUGUUUGCAUACACUGUUAACGUUCUUGAAGAGGGGUUAUUGUCCACACUUUAUCCUUUCUGGAGUCAACCUUUUUGAAGGAAAAAUAUCUCGCUGCUGCCAAAUUUCUUUAAUGGAGAUUGUAAAAGUGUUUUUGAAAAAUAAUUUAAUGAUACUGUACGAUUUGCAGAUCGAUAGCUUAGGACAAAGGAUCCAAACCCCUUCAAGCGACAUGUUGGAACCCCGAUCAGCAUUAUUCAAGACGAUAAAUAAUGUUUUAGCAUGCGACUUAAUAGAACAUGUUAGUUUUAAACUAACAUUUUGUAUUCAUGCAAUCGCAAAUGAUGAAUUAAAUCCUGCACAAUUUCGACGAUUAUUUAAUGAAUUUGCUAUACUUGACGAUGACAACAUCAUUAAUAUAUUAGGUUGCUAUGAGCGUUAUGCACUGUCACUAUUAAAGCCGCACGUUUUCUCCUUGGUUGCAUCAAUUGUCUCGUCAUCUUUUAUAGAACAUAACAUUCCUUUUAAACCAGAAAUAUAUCAUCUCUAUGAACGUUCUUUUGACACGGACGUAACAUCCAGCCGAUUGAAACUGGCGUCCAUGUUAUAUUGCAAUGCAGAUUAUCUUAAAGCGGGUGACGUGUUGAGUGACAUUGAACUAAGAUAUAGCGUUAAUGUACAUGCUAUUUGCGGCUGUAAAAGGAAAUUUGAUGGUGAUGAACCCGAGUUAUUAAGUGAAAAUACAGUACACGAUUGGAACUAUAAUACCGCAUUACUUAAAGUUGCCCUAUGUGUAAGGUUUACACGUUUAGAAGCAUUUUGUGUACCAACCAUUUUGUUAUGUGAAAUGAACAGAGCAGUGAAUGACGACGUUCAAUUUAGACGUAUGAGUGAAUUUUUCUGGAUGGACAUGGCUGUAGUAGACUCUAGACCAUACUUAUUCUACCUGCAGUAUCUCACAUACGGGAAAUUGGAUCUUCGCCUCAGGCAGGAGGAGGCACUCUCGAAUUUAGAAAAAUGUGUUAUUAACCGUGACAUGGGUACAUUGAAUCAUCCUGAGACAGGCAUAAACUUGUUGGGACACUGCUGGGAAUUGGAAGGAUACCACCAAAAAGCACUACAAUGUUACAUACGUUCAGUUUUUAAAGAGCCGCGAAAUAAUGCGGCCAACUGGCAUAUCAGGAGAUUGACGGGCAACCGUCUGAGAGUCUUUGUUAUUUAGUACUCACUUUAUCAAUAAACUUUCAGCGCAUUCCUUAGUGUAGAGUGUUGCGAGUGGUCUAGUGGUAUAUGUGUCCGCCUCUCAUACAAGAGGUUAUGGGUUCAAUCCCUACCAGGGUGAAAGUAGUCUAGUGGUAUAGGUGUCCGCCUUUCACCCAAGAGGUAAUGGGCUCCAUCCCCACCAGGGUACUUUCUCAUGGUCUCUCAAAAGGACACAGUACUGGUUUCUGCCCAGGGAACGGACUUUCGUCACAAUCGAGAUUAAAUACAUAAGUAUAAACCAAAUUAUAUCUUAAUUGCGUUUCUAUUUUAGAGAUUACUUUUCAUAUUGAAAUG